UAAAAAUCAUCAGUGAAAUAAUUUUCGUGAACGCACUGCUAAAAAAUUGAGAUCCUGUUAAAUUAAAUAUAAACGCUGGUUAUAAUCGGUUCUACAUUAAUAAAUGCUUAAUUAUUCUACAAGUUUGGCUAAUAUGCGUUUUCGAUUGUUUACAGUACAAAUAAAUUAUUUCGAGCGUCUGAUAAGAUUGAGAAGAAAUGGGCGAAGAUUGGACGGUGACGGUGAACCUGAUGGCGCUUAGCGUACCGCUGGCCGUCGGGUACUUCUUUUACUGGAGGUACAAAAGGAGCAGGCUGUACGAAUUGGCCGAGAAAAUACCUGGACCGGAAGGAUACCCUCUAAUCGGCAACGCCCAUCAUUACCUUGGAAAACCUGAGACAAUAUUCGAGACUUUGAUGAAAUUCAGUAGGCAGUAUGAAAAUGUCGUUAAGAUGUGGGUCGGACCGCGACUUUUUGUCUUCCUCACUCAUCCUGCCGAUGUAGAGUUAAUCUUGAGUAGCCACGACCACAUCGACAAAUCGCCUGAAUAUAGGUUUUUUCAACCAUGGCUUGGGAAUGGGCUCCUUAUUAGCACAGGAGAGAAAUGGCGUGUCCAUAGAAAGUUAAUCGCGCCUGCGUUCCAUCUGAAUGUACUUAAAUCAUUCUUCAACCUUUUCAACAGGAACAGUAAGGCCGUCGUCGAACGACUGAAGGACCAGGUGGACAAAGAGAUCGACUGUCACGACUUCAUGAGCGAAGCGACCGUGGAAAUCUUGCUGGAAACGGUGAUGGGAGUUUCGAAGAAGAUGCAAUCAAGUGGUUACGAUUAUGCAAUGGCCGUGAUGAAGAUGUGCGAUAUCCUCCACUUGAGGCAAACGAAGCUUUGGUACAGGCCUGAAAUUAUUUUCUGGCUGUCCAAGUACAAUGGGAUGCAGAAAAAGCUUCUAAGCGUCAUCCACGGUCUCACGCGCAAAGUGUUAAAAAUCAGGAAAGACAUCUACACGAGGAACGGCGGUAGUUUUGAAGGUGUAACGAAAGACGACGAAGUAGAUCUGAAAACGACCGAAAAGAGCGAUUUUUCUUUCGGUUCGAGUAAAACGAUCAAAGACGACAUAGACCAAGACAUAGGUGAAAAGAAGAGAUUGCCGUUUUUGGACUUGCUUAUUGAAAAUUCUGAGAACGGUGUUAUUCUCACAGACGAAGAGAUCCAAAACCAAGUGGACACGAUUAUGUUCGAAGGUCAUGACACGACGGCAGCAGGCAGUAGUUUCUUUCUUUGCAUGCUGGCAGCAAGGCAGGAUAUUCAGGAAAAGUGCAUUGCCGAGAUCGACGGCAUUUUCGGUGAUUCGGACCGCGACGUCACAUUCCAGGACACCCUCGAAAUGAAGUAUUUGGAGAGGUGCAUCAUGGAAACUUUGCGCCUUUUUCCUCCUGUGCCCGCCAUAGCAAGGGAGUUGAAGGAAGAACUUAAACUAGCAUCAACAGAUCUUUCGAUACCGGCCAACUGUACGGUCAUCAUCGGUACGUUCAAGCUCCAUAGGCGAGAAGACAUUUACAAGGACCCAGAGGAGUUCAAUCCGGACAAUUUCCUGCCAGAGAACUCAUCCCAAAGGCAUUAUUACUCCUUCAUCCCGUUCAGCGCUGGCCCGAGAAGCUGCGUCGGGAGGAAAUACGCGAUGCUGAAGCUCAAAGUGCUCCUGUCAACUUUGCUCAGGAAUUUUAGAGUGAAGAAAGGGUUGGACCCGAAAAAUUGGGUCCUCCAAGCCGACAUCAUACUCAAGAGGUCCGACGGCUUUAAAAUACAGCUCGAAUCCAGAAAAUCGAAGGCUUGACUAAAGAAAAUUUAAUUUAUCUGUAUAUACUUAUGUUAUUGUUAUUAAAGUAAUCCUUCAAAUAA